AUGCGCACCGCCGGCGCGGACACCAAGGCGGCGACAGGGCACCAGGCGAGCGUGCUCAUCCUCGGCGGCGGCGUUGCGGGCGUCAUCGCCGCGCGCACCCUCCACGAACGGGGCAUCGCGAAUUUCACCAUCGUUGAGGCGCACGGGGAGCUCGGUGGCCGGCUGCACUCUGAGAGCUUCGGUGCGCCGGGGCGGCAGGUGACGCUUGAAAUGGGCGCGAACUGGGUCCAGGGGACGCAGACGGGAGACGGACCCGCGAACCCAAUCUGGACGCUGGCGCAGAAGCACGGGUUGAAGACACAGUUCAACGACUGGUUCGGGAGCAUCUUGACGUUCGACAAGAGCGGGUUCGUGGACUACUCGGACGUCUUCAGCACCUCCGAGGACGCGUACGAGAACCUGACGGUGCUCGCGGGCGCGCGGGUUGACCAGCAGCUCGUCGACCUCACCGCGCGCGCCGGGUACUCACUCGUCGGCGCCAAGUCGACCGACGCGCACGCGAUGGCGAGCGAGUACUUCCAGUUCGACUGGGAGUAUGCGCAGACGCCGGACGAGUCGUCGUGGAUCGCGAGCUCUUGGGGCAACAACUUCACGUACGACACGGACCAGGGUGGCUUUGGAGACGACAACCAGAUGUCGAUCGACCAGCGUGGGUUCAAGCACUUGAUCCAGGCGGAGGCGGCGGAGUUCCUCCAGCCCCACCAGACGCGUUUCAACGCCAUGGUUCGCAGAAUCGCCCACCGGAACGAUGGGGUGUCUAUUACCCUCGACAGCGGGGAGGUACUCCACGCGGACUACGCUCUGUGCACGUUCAGCCUGGGGGUGCUGCAGCACGACGACGUCACGUUUGAGCCGGCGCUGCCCGACUGGAAGCAGGAGGCAAUUCAGAGCAUGGACAUGGCGACCUACACGAAGAUCUUCCUUCAGUUCCCGGAGGACUUCUGGUUCGACACCGAGAUGGCGCUCUACGCCGACGAGGAGCGCGGCCGGUAUCCGGUCUGGCAGAGCCUCGACCACGUCAACUUCUUCCCUGGCUCCGGCAUCGUCUUCGUGACUGUCACCGGCGACUACUCCGUCCGGAUCGAGGCGCUGCCCGACGCGCAGGUCCAGGCGGAGGUCCUCUCCGUCCUCCAGGCCAUGUUCCCGAACGCGACCGUGCCCGCCCCGAGCGCGUUCCACUUCCCGCGGUGGCACGCGGACCCGCUCUUCCGCGGCUCGUACUCGAACUGGCCGCCGUCGUUCUUCGGGCAGCACCAGCGCAACCUGCGCGCGAACGUCGGCCCGCGGCUGUGGUUCGCGGGCGAGGCGACGAGCGAGAAGUACUUUGGCUUCCUCCACGGCGCGUACUUUGAGGGGCUGGAGAUCGCGACGGCGAUGGCGAAGUGCAUCAAGGGGGGCGGGUGCGCGGGUCUCGAGAACUUCCCCCAGGUGAAGAACGCGUUGCCGUACAUGAUUUGA